AUGGAUCACACCAAUGUAAGUGAGAUAAAAUAUUUCAUCAUCGCUGGGGUCUCUGAUGUCCCUAUGAUACACAUUUUAAUUUUCCUUCUGGUUCUCCUUAUUUAUCUUUUCACUGUUGGUGGCAACUUGACCAUUCUUCUACUGGUUUGCCUGGACCCUCAGCUCCAUACCCCCAUGUAUUUCUUCCUAUGUAACUUGUCCAUUCUAGAUAUCUGUUGCUCAACGAACAAUCUGAAUAAUGUUAUCAUAUCUUUCAUAUCAGGAGAUAAUAGAGUUUCUGUCCUCAGUUGUAUAGUACAGAUUUUCAUAUUUUUGUCUUUGACGUGUGGUGAGCUUUUAGUCUUAGCUGCAAUGAGUUAUGACCGGUAUGUGGCUAUCUGUAAUCCUUUGUGUUAUCACAUGAUCAUGGAUUGUAAAACAUGUGCAAUACUGGUCAUUGUAUGCUGGUUAUUAGGCGCAUUGGAAAGCAUACCAAUUUUUGGGGAAUUAUUAAGGUUUUCCUGCUACAAGUCAAACGUGGUCAACCAUUUCUUCUGUGAUAUAAUGCCAGUGCAGAAAUUGUCUUGCAGUGAUGCCUAUUUUCUGGACCUUUACAUUCUCACUGUAGGGGUUGUCAUUUCAGCUUUUACUCCCUUUCUUUUGACAUUUGUUUCCUAUGUCUUCAUUAUUGCAGCUAUACUGAAGAUUCGCUCAACCAGUGGAAGGCAUAAGGCCUUUUACACAUGUUCCUCACACCUCACAGUUGUCAUUCUUCUCUACACUACACUUGCCAUUCAGUACAUGAGGCCACAUUCCUUGGUCAACUUAGACUCAAACAAACUAAUGUCUCUGUUUAACACGGCAGCUGUGCCCAUAUUAAACCCACUGAUUUACAGUUUAAAAAAUAAAGAUGUCAAAGCUGCUUUUCGAAGGAGGAUGAGAUAUGUCUUCUGUGUUUUGUAC